AUGGAAACCCUCACUACCCACCCAUCCAAUGCACAGCAGGCUACAGCGUUCACUUCGCCUGCAUCACUAUCAUUCCCUGGCGGAGCUGCAGCAAUGGCAAUACCCGGGCAGCAGCAGGGUAAUGGUGUUGACCCAGGCGCCAGUGGAGGUGCACCAAUAACACCCCUCAAUUUGCCCGAUACUGCUGGGCAGGGCGUGUCUGGCAUAGUUCCAACGCUCCAGAACAUCGUCGCCACUGUCAAUCUCGAUUGCCGCCUGGAUCUCAAGACAAUAGCACUUCACGCCAGAAACGCAGAAUACAACCCAAAACGUUUUGCAGCUGUAAUCAUGCGUAUUCGAGAGCCCAAGACUACUGCUUUGAUCUUCGCUUCGGGCAAGAUGGUUGUCACCGGCGCGAAGUCAGAGGACGAUAGUCGGCUAGCCAGUCGGAAGUAUGCGAGGAUCAUCCAGAAGCUUGGGUUCAACGCCAGAUUCACGGACUUCAAGAUUCAAAAUAUCGUUGGGUCCUGCGAUAUUAAGUUUCCAAUUCGGCUGGAAGGGCUGGCCAGCAGACAUCACCAUUUCUCCUCAUAUGAACCGGAGCUCUUCCCUGGAUUGAUAUACCGCAUGAUCAAGCCCAAGAUAGUACUGUUAAUCUUCGUCUCUGGAAAGAUCGUCUUGACAGGUGCCAAGGUGCGCGAGGAGAUAUAUACAGCCUUCGAGAUGAUCUAUCCUGUGCUGAACGACUUUCGUAAGGUCUAA